UAUAUACUGGGGUUGACAAUGGGAUAGCAUAUCAGUCUGACUUCGCUUUGUCCUCAGAUACACUCUUCAAAAUGAACUCCUUGGUAAAAGCAAUUCUUGCCAUCUUGGCCAUAUCCUCUCCAGUAUCCGCCUCAGGAUGGGGCCACGGAGCUGCAGGACUGGCAGGUCUGGCUAUUCCUGCAAGAGCCGUCAUCCCUUCAGGAAUAGUCACUGGAGCAGGAGCUAGCGGUCCUGCAGGAACUGUAACCGGAGCAGGAGCGAUAGGACCAGCAGGCAUUGUUACCGGCACAGGACCGAUUGGACCCACAGGACCAGCAGGAACAGGAGCUAUCCUCGCAGGACACGCCAUUGCAGCUGCACCAGCGAUCGCUGUAGCUCCUGGCAUCGCAGCAGGAGCAGGAUUAGCAGGAAUUGGAUUAGCAGGAGCAGGACUAGCAGCUGGCAAUGCAGCUGCCGUCGCCCAAGCAUCAGCCGUCGCCCAAGCAUCAGCCGCCACCCAAGCUUCAGCCGCCGUCCAAGCUUCAGCCGCCGCCCAAAUAGCCGCCGCUUCCCGCGCAGCCGCCGCUUCCCAAGCUGCAGCUGCUGCCAACGCAGCCGGUGCCGCUAUAGCUGCAGAGACCAGUCGCCAAGUAGCAGCGGCCCAGAUAGCUGAAGGCAGCCGUCAAGGGGCAGCUGCUGCAGCUCUAGCUGCUGCCCAGGUAGAGACCAGCAGACAAGUAGCAGCCGCUCAGAUAGCAGUAGGAAGCCGCCAAGUUGCGGCUGCUCAAGCAGGCGCUGUAGCUCAAGCUGCUACGGCUAGUCACGUCGCGGCAGCUAGUCAAGUCGCCGCAGCCAGCCAAAUAGCUGCAGCUAGUCAAGUCGCCGCAACUAGUCAAAUCGCUGCAGCUAACCAAAUAGCCGCAGCUAAUCAAAUCGCAGCUGUGCAAGCUGCGGGUGCUGCUCAGGCUGCUAAUUUAGCUGCAGUGGGAGGAGUAGGAAUCACCGGAGUAGGAAAGCUUGGAAUUGGUGCAGGAAUUGGAAAGCACUGGUGGUAAAUGGUGUCCAAAGGGCGUGGAGGCGAUCAUGUGAUUAUUAGUACUUAAUUUAAUAUAUGUAAUUUAUUUGUGUACGUAAAAUAAAUAUGUAAAAAUCUAAA